AUGAACUCAGAUUGUUUUCUACGAUUCUUGAAGAAGCAUGUCGAUCAGUUAACCUUCAAAACUCCAUCUGCUUCCCUGUUCGAAGAUAUGAAUGAUUCAAUAAAAAUUAUCCGACCCGAUUCAUCUUUCUCCAAUUUGCUCGAGCUAGCCGCUAAUAAUGACGUAGACGGAUUUAAGCAAUCAAUCACUCGUAUUCCUUCCGCCAUUAACGAAGUGGGAUUCUGGUAUGGGCGUCAAAGAAGCUCAAAACGUAUGUUAAUGGAGCACAGAACUCCAUUGAUGAUCGCUGCAACUUAUGGUAGUCUUGAUGUUGUAAAGUUAAUACUUUCUUUUACAGAGGUCGAUGUAAAUAGUUCUUGUGGCCUCGAUAAAACAACCGCUCUUCACUGUGCUGUUUCCGGUGGUUCUUCUAACGCUUUUGACGUCAUCAAGAUUUUGUUAAUUUCCGGCGCCGACCCUGAAUUAGUCGACGCCGAUGGUCGUCGUCCUGUUGACGUUCUUCUCGUUCCUCCAAAUCUACCAAACCUGAAGAUUUCACUUGAAAAAUUGCUUAAAAAUGAUGGAUUUUGUGUUGAACAAGAAGAUGAUUUGACUUGUUUCAAAUCAAAUGAGAAAAAGGAAUACCCAAUUGACCCGUUUUUUCCUGAUUUAAAAAGCGAUGCUUAUUCAACCGACGAGUUUCGAAUGUUUGCGUUCAAGAUUCGGCCAUGUUCACGAGCUUAUUCGCAUGAUUGGACUGAAUGCCCGUUUAUUCAUCCGGGUGAAAGUGCAAGAAGACGUGACCCGAGAAAAAUCCAUUACAGCUGUGUUCCAUGCCCUGAUUUCAAGAAAGGACAGUGUCGACGUGGCGAUCUCUGUGAGUUCGCUCAUGGAGUUUUUGAAUGCUGGCUUCACCCUGCUCAAUACAGAACUCGUCUCUGUAAAGAUGGAACCUUUUGUGCUCGAAGGGUCUGUUUUUUUGCUCAUACGCCUGAAGAACUCCGUCCGCUGUAUGUUUCUACAGGUUCCGCCAUGCCCUCACCACGAAGUUCUCCGGCUGCCGCCUCCACCAUGUCACCGCCGUUUUCUCCACCACCUAUGUUGCAGCUGCACGGUGGCAAUCUUCAGGCAAGCCGACUGAGAUUGUCAUUUAACGCUAGAGAUGUUCACGCGGAGGAGCUUAAGCUGCUUCUUGACCUUGAAAUGCAUCAGCGGCAGCAGGCGGCGGUGAACCUUUUCUCGCCGGUGAACACGUUUUCGCCAAAGGGUUAUGAGUAUUGGGGUUCGCCUAGGGGAAUGGAGCAACAGCAACCUCACUUGCCCCCUUUUAGCCCACAGUUUUCGAAAUGGGAUUAUGCGAAAAAGGUGGACUGGUCGGUGAACGGAGGUGAACAAGCUCCGGCGAGAAGGUUGCAGGUCACUGAGCCUGAUGUUUCAUGGGUCCAGUCUCUGGUGAAGGAACCACCACCGCCGGUUGCUGCGGUGGAACCACCGGAGACUGAAAAGAACGAUCAUACAGCUUUGGGAGCAUGGCUUGAAAACAUGCAGCUUGAUCAGAUUGUUGCCUAG